AUGUCUUUGCGAUCUGAUCUAAGUACGGUGGUAGAAGACUUGCCUAAAAGACUUAAGGGGGUGAUUAAAUCUAUUGAGAUGGUUGGGUUGGCGAUUAAUGAGUAUACAAUUGGGGUGGAGUCGCAGGAGGAGCCGGAAUUCUGUAUGGCGGUACGACUGGGUAUACCCGGAGAAGUACUGACUCGGCCUUAUUCGCCGGUGCGGUGUUCGGGGUCGGAAAUUGUGUGUAUUAUUAAGUUGUAUCCCUUGGUGCCGGGUCGGGCUCAGUUCACACCGGCUUUGCAAGGCUGUAGUGUUGGGGAUAUUCUGGAUGUUAUUUGGUAUACGCCUAAGCAGGCGAUAGGAGAAAUUCUAGGAAGUACGUACCAGGAUGUGGUGAUGGUUAGUGCGGGUACGGGUGUGGCUCCUAUGAUGCAGGUGCUUGAGCAGGCUAACCGCUUAGAGACUAAGCAUCGGUUUUUAUCGGUCAGUUUUAAUCGGGGGGUGGAUAGUUUCAUUUUAAAGGAAGCCAGUCGGUAUCCUAAAGUGGACUUAGAAAUUAAGGACGUAGUAACUAAUGAUAGUCCCGAUGAAAGAGAGCGGGCGAUUGGGCAGCUGUUGAUGUAUCUGAAAGAAAGAGAGAGUGAGCGGACGCUUUACUUGGUGUGCGGCCCGGACUCGUUUGUGGAGAGGGUGGCUGGCCCAAGGAAGGUGGCUUAUGGAGGACUUUUAGCCGAUAUGGGUGUGCCUGAGUCCCGCUGCAUUAAGUUCUAA